UGCAAAAAGAUCUGAUAGAUAACAGUGUAAUACUAGUACUUGUGGAGAUUUCUUGUAUUCAUAUAUUAUGCCUCGCAAACAAGCAGCCAAAACAACAGAGGGAAAUGACAUUGGAAUAAAAAAAUCACAUAAGUCAAAAUCUACCAGCAAAGAUGCUAAAUCAAAUCGCAAGGAGCAAAAGUCUGCAUCUCGAAACCCUUCGAAGGGAUGGAACAACUGGAUGAUUAUUGCUGUAAUCAUUUCAUUAUUUGUUGGAUGGUUGCAUGGCACUCACAUUUCCACAAUGUUUGAGAAAGAUCGACAUUUUUCUCAUCUUUCAUCUCUUGAGCGUGAUCUUACUUUUCGAACGGAAAUGGGACUGUAUUACUCUUACUACAAAACUGUUAUUCAAGCACCUACUCUGAUGGAAGGAGUAUCAAUGAUUGUUUAUGACAAUAUUACCGAAUUUCCGAGCACAAUAAACACAUUGAAACGCUUCAAUCUUUAUCCUGAAUUGAUUCUUGGAGUCGCAUACAGGAUUUUCGAUAGCAUAACAAAAGCAAAUAAGAUUCGAACAAUGGAUUGCUGGACUAUAAAUAGAGGUGAACUUCCACCUGUACAAAGUUGUGAAGGAUUUGGCGAUCAGCAUUAUUUUUACAUCACGAAUAUAUUCUUUCUUAAUGGCAUCAUGCUUUCAAUCUAUUUUAUGUAUGGAUGGUAUCUGGCUGGAGAAUCUCUUUGGGGAGGUGUUCUCUGUGUCGUUGCCUUAUUUUUCAACCAUGGUGAAUGUACUCGGGUUAUGUGGACACCUCCACUUAGAGAAAGCUAUGCAAUGCCCUUCUUGAUUCUUGAAAUGUUUUUGGUCACUCGCAUGUUGAAAUCUCCACACCCUUGUAAAAGUCAGUCAAUUUGGAUUGGUCUUGCUGCAUUCAGCUUUAUGUUGCCAUGGCAAUUUGCACAGUUUGCUCUUCUCACACAAACCGCUGCUGUAUAUGCUCUUUAUCUGCUGGAAUUUAUUGGUUCAUACAAGAUCAAGAUCCUUCUCUAUGCUCAAAUUGCAGCACUUGGAGGCAAUUUCGUAUUUCAGUUUGGAAAUGAGAUGUUGCUUACAUCAUUCUAUGCAUCUAGCUUGGUAACAAUUCUCUGUAUUGUAUUACUGGAGAGCAGAAUUGAGAAGAUUGUACAGAACUUUUUUGCCAAAGUGAUUGUAAAGGGAUUGACAUGGGCCAUCGGUACAUUGGUACUGAAGAAAGCAAUCGCAGCUGCACUCUUUAUAGCAGAUGACGCCCAUAUUUGGGACAUUCUGAAGUCAAAAUUCAGCACAUUCAAUAAUUUCCAUACAAUGUUGUAUACAUGUGCAAAAGAAUUUGACUUCAUUGACUUGACUACCUUGUUUGGAUUGGUAAAGACAUUGCUAAUUCCUGCCAAUGUAUUGAUCUGUGUAAUUGUUGCUGCAAAAUGCUUAAGAAAUGAAUAUGAAGCCUAUCAGGCGAAAAAGGCAGCUGAUUCUGAUAAUACAAAUGAAGAGAAUUCUGAAUCAACAGAAGAAGACACAAAACCCGUCAAAAGAAUUCCUCCAAGACGUCAGAAAAAAAUGGCAGCUGCUGCUGUGGCCGAAGAAGAAUCUCAAGUCGCUUUCAGAUCCAAACCCCAUGCUGAAAUUGUCUACAAUAUUUUGCAAAUGUUUGCAUUCACAUUGAUGGCCAUUAUGAUCAUGAGAUUAAAAUUGUUCAUGACUCCUGUUAUGUGCAUAGUUAUGUCCAUCCUUGCAAACAGGCAAAUAUUAACAGUUUCCCGACCAAAACGUGAUGCUUUUUUGGUAGUUUUACUUGCAAUGUCUUGUGUACAAGGAUUUCAAAAUCUUGCCAAGCAGUGGAAUAUUAUUGGAGAAUUUGAAAACUGGCCUCAUGAGCAGCUCCUUGAUCAUAUCAACAUGCAUUUACCGAAAGAAGCAGUUUUUGCUGGUGCCAUGCCAACUAUGGCCAGUAUUAAAUUAUCUUGCGACCGUGCUAUUGUUAAUCAUCCCCACUAUGAAGAUGCAGGUCUUAGAGAAAGAACAAAGAAAGUAUAUUCAAUGUACAGCCGUCGUCCACUGAGUGUUGUACAUCAAACCAUAACUGAUAUGGGAGUCACACACUUUGUACUUGAGGAUUCAUGGUGCGUUAGAAAAACACGCGAUGGAUGCCAAAUGCCUGAGAUAUGGGAUUUAGAAGACGUUGAGUUCAGGGGUCGAAAACCAGCUUGUGCUGUUGCGAGAAAAAAUCCGGAGCCAUAUUUCACAGAAGUGUUCAAGAACAAAGUUUAUACGUUACUGAAAGUCAAUGAGGUCAAAGGCAAAAAGAACUAGUACUAACUAUUGCACAUCUGUAGCAUUUCUGUGGCUUUUCGAUAUUAGAUUACCGGUAACAGAUCACGUUUGGUAGUUUUAAAAUUCAUUGUAUGUAAUUUAGUUGAUUUGUAUUGUAACUUCCAUGAGACAAACGUACUACCUAAUACAACUUGUAGCAUAUAUUUUCAAAAUUCAUUUUCUGGUACUCUCACCGCUUGAAGCACAUUUUGCGGUGUAUAUAAACUUCUUUAUACAUGCAGUAUAUAUAUAUAUAUAUUUAAAUAUAGUUCAUUAAAUUUGUUUUGGUAGUCGGUGGCUCUAAUUGAAAUAUUAAUUGGUGUAAUUAAGUUCAAAUUGAUCAGAAAAUAUUAAAUAAAUUUACACACUUUAAUGCAUAUUGAGCUAUUGUACUCAUUAGAAUGUGAAGGCAUUCAAUAGUAACAGUGGGGACAGAGAUAUCAUUAUGAUGACUUUGUGAGUAAAAAUUUGCACAUUUCGUUUACUGCCUAUGUCUCGGUUUGAGUAGUAUGCAAAAUAACAUAGAAAGUUCUGAGAGGUAAACCCCAAUACUCCUUUUCGGAGCAUAAUAAGUAUAUAUUUUGGCCAUUUUUUAUCCUGUUGCGGAUAUAUAGAGCUCAACUGAUGUUAGCAAAGCUAGCUUUGGCCGAGGUCUAUAUAUACGCAACAAAAAUAUACCUGGUGGCAAUCAUGCGUCAUUUUUCUCCUAUCAGCUAUCGUGCCUUGUAUCCGCAAUAACCUACAACAAAAUGUGCACAUGACAAAUGCAAUGCAGAUUCUUUAUAUUACUGAUGCUUUUCUUGCCUUAUUUGUGGCGCUGUGCUAUACUAUAUCAAUCAUCAUUUGGGGUGUACUUCCCCAAUUCCGGAAAACUAUACAGCAACAUCCAACUUUAUAUUGCCUUUUUCCAGCUAUGUGCAUUAUGUGAAUGAAUCAUACCUUAUUAUUCUCUUGCAAAUAUUUUUGUUCAAUUGUUAAUGUUUAUGUUGAGAUUUUUCACCAGUUUGUUACACUUUAAAUAUUAACUUGUUUUGAAUAGCCAAAGAGAUUGCCUUGCACCAAAGUGCCUGAUUAUCUAGUUUCAUAGUGGUGUGCGGUGUGUUGAAACAUGUAAUCUUAAUCUUCUGACAAAUGUUCAAUUUCGUUCAAUAAACUUUUGUCUUUGGAAA